UACGUACAUGGCGAUCCUCCAUCUCUCUCCUCCUCCUUCUCUCCUCCACAAUUCCACUGAUUUAUACUCUACAGCUUUAUUCUCUCCGAAACGCCUCCUCCAAUUCUCAUCAAAUCAACACAGCCGCCGCGAUGCCUCACUUCACUUUCCUAGCUACAGCUCCAAUCGAGAAUCCGAUAGAUGGAGAAUCGGUGUUUCCUUUUUCGCCCCUUUCUUGGACAGAAGCGGCGAAAUCGAGAGCCUAAAGCAGCAGCUUCUGGAUGCCAUUGCUCCGCUCGACCGCGGCAGCGCCGCCACUCCAGAAGACCAGCAGCUUGUCGAUCAGAUUGCAAGCAAACUUGAAGCGAAGAACAGAGUGAAGGAACCACUCAAAUCGAGUCUUCUGAAUGGGAAAUGGGAGCUCUUGUAUACAACAUCCAAGUCUCUUCUUCAGAGUGAGAGACCUAAGAUCUUCAGACCAAAUGGAAAAAUUUACCAAGCUAUCAACUUGGAUACUUUGAGGGCCCAAAAUAUCGAAACGUGGCCAUUUUUCAAUCAGGCUACAGCUAAUUUGGUUCCACUAAAUCAAACAAGAGUUGCUGUUAAGUUUGACAGUUUUAAGAUUGCUGGUGUGAUACCUAUUAAGGCACGUGGAAGCGGGCGUGGUCAGCUUGAAAUCACGUACUUGGAUGAAGAGCUGCGAAUAUCACGGGGAAAUCAAGGGAAUCUGUUUAUACUUGGAAUGGUGGAUCCCUUUUACAGAGUACCUGUGUAGUGUAGAAUUUACGAAAUAAAUCAAGGGGAGGUUAGCAUGGUUGUGUGUUUCAAAACCUUUUGUCAAAUUAUGUUUAUAACGAGAAAUGUAUAUUUAGAAUUGGACCAUUAUAUUUGAGUUUGGUCCUCGACUUCAAGUUUAGUAUUGUGCAAUUGACUCAAUGUUUAUACAGAUGAGAAAGUACCAAUUUUGCAGCAAA